CGUGGCGGUGAGCCGUUGUGAGGACCCCACGCUCCAGCCUGUGGAGGUGUGCUCUGGAGCUGAAGUGCUGCUGUUUCUGGAAUAAUCACUGAAAACGUCUCUUAAACGCCCAAGUAAUAAUGCUCGAGCUUUCACUGAGCAGAAAGCAGCACUGAGAGAGAGAGAGUUCAGCAGAUUAACAGAAUAUGGCUACUACUGAGAAUGCAGAGUCAGGCUCACCGGAGAACAAAGUGGAUCGGGCCGACCCAGAUGCAAAGUACCCUCUGAAAGUGCUUUACUGCGGAGUAUGCUCCUUGCCGACAGAGUACUGUGAGUACAUGCCUGAGCCAGCGAAAUGCAGACAGUGGCUCGAGAAAAAUUUCCCUGAUGUUUUUGCUAGAAUGACUCUUGGAAAAGGAAGUGCACCCAAGCAGGAAACAGGAGGUGGUGGUGGAGGUGGAGAGGCGCCCCCUGCUGUAGAGGAAGAGGAGAAGAAGAAGCAGAAAAGAGGUGGUCGAGGUCAAAUCAAACAGAAGAAGAAGACUGUUCCCCAGAAAGUGACGAUAGCAAAAAUCCCCCGGGCUAAGAAGAAAUACGUGACGCGGGUGUGCGGCCUGGCCACCUUCGAUAUCGACCUUAAGGAGGCUCAGCGGUUCUUUGCUCAGAAAUUCUCCUGCGGUGCCUCAGUGACAGCAGAGGAUGAGAUCAUCAUUCAGGGAGACUUUACAGAUGACAUCAUCGAUGUUAUCCAGGAGAAGUGGCCUGAGGUGGAUGAUGACAGCAUUGACGAUCUUGGAGAAGUCAAAAAGUGAAAACCCCAACUUACACUUUUACCGAAACGGAUGCGACCCGACACAAAACACGGCCAAAUUUACACAUUCAGUCGUUUUAUAUCUAUUUUAUUUACUGUAUAGAAAACGAUGGACUUGGCCUCAUCCUUGGCAUUUUGGUUUUGUUUUGUUAUCAUUUCUAGAUAGCUGCUUCUUCUCUUGGUUGCCAAAGGUCUGGUAUGAUGUGAAUAUCUCUAACACUUCACUCAAACAAACUGUAGGCUAAUAAAUUUCUGUCUCAUUGCC